AUGGCACGGAUUGAUCAACUUUACGAAGCUAUUGAGCAGAACAAGCACAAUAACGCACACACCGACGACUCCACUCUCGUUAUCACCAAACCUCGACCGACCUACAUCGUCCCCACACAAUCACUCCUCGCUAUCUACCCUGUCAUUGCCCUUCAGAAGGACUUUUUCAAAGCCAAGCUCGACCCUGCUGAGAAACUCAUCGACAUGUCCGACUUUCACUUCGUGGAGGGAAUGGACUACGACGCCCAUCCACUUCUGGACGUUCAACAAAAGGGACUCCAACUCAAUGAAGACAACAGUUUCGCAGAGAAGGAAUUGGCCAGGAUUCAGACCAGACUGGCCCAUCUCACGCGCCCUUUGGACACCCUCGCUCUCAUGGCAGCCAAGGACGACACUGAGAAUAUAUGGAAGGACCGAGCAGUUGCACUCGCCAGCACGAUCCGAUACCUGGCAGGCGACAUCGCAGCUCAAGCAAACGAGUCUCGACAAAACAUCCUCUACCGACAAAUGAACAGGUGA